AUGCUGGACGUCUCGAUCACGUUGUCACCCGCAACUCGUGAGAUUGGAGCAAAAGGAAUCUAUCGUCUCGAGAUUGAAUGCGACUUUCGUCGAGUGGGACGAGACUGGCUCUGCAACCUCAUCCUCAAGCUCCGCACUGUCCUUCGGUGCGCUGGCAUCCACGACCUGCCUCGCACGCAUGGUGCCUUCGAUUUGUCCGUCCUUGGAGAUAUUACCAGCCUCACCCUAUUCCCUAAAUCCUGCGGCGGUGGUGGAGUCGACGACGAUGAGCACGGCACGAUGCCACGUGGCAAUAUCUUCCGUAGGGCAGGACGGAAGGCCCCAAGGUUACACACACGUCCACUGCAGUAA